CUGGGAGCUCAGGGAUCAAUCUGAAGAGGCUUAUUCCUUUGAAAUUCCUUUUGAAAUUCUUGUUGAGUUUAAUUUGAUAACUGGUUUAUUCCCUUGCAAAGUUAAUGAAUGUGAAGGAUGAUCAUGGCUCUCUCUCCGCUAUUGCAAGAUGUGUGCUUCAUCUUGGUGACAAGAUUUUUGACUGUCCUCCAACAUUUACUAUGUACGAGUUUGAUGAAGCUGUGAAUGGAGCACUGGUCAUCAAAGUUCCAAGAUUAUCAGAUUUUUCUUUGGACGUUUCUUGCGUUGUUGAAGUUGUCAAACUGGAAAAACCAAAAUGCAUUUUCCUUACAUCUCCAAAUAAUCCAGAUGGAAGAGUGUGAACAACUCAAAGAAAAAGUGCAACUUGUUAGAUAUUGGUGGCUCGGGAAAGAUAGUUGCUGAAGGACAUUGGUCUUCAAGUGAUCCGAACCAGGUUGUUCACUUCGUUCCUUUAGGUCCUAAUGCUAUGCGUGUUUGGGUUGAUAUCCCUAGGAUCCCUAGUGCAUCUCUUUGGAGGCCGACAUCUGAGUUAGAAUGCAUUGAAGAUGCCGUUGGUACGACAAUAGCUUGGCCGUCAGACAAAGUUGUUAUGCUUUGAAAAGCUGCAGUACUAGUACUCAAUUUCUGAAGAUGAUGAGUCUCCCAAGUCAUAUGUAAUGCAGCAAAGUUAAUUUUUGUUGUUCUGUGUACUAUGGUUAAUUUCUUGUACUCCAUGUUGGAUUAUCCAAAGACUAGUAUUUGUUUUUUGGCACAUUUGUGUUGACUCUUCUUGUAUGCUACAACUUGGUUAUGUAUCAGUUUGAACCUUUAAAUGAAAUAUUUUCUUUUAUGGUUGUCACAA